AACAUUACAUAUAUAUAUAAACCACAUAAUGCGAUUUCUACAGUUACUAAGUUGAAGUGUUUAUAGAAUGUUUGUUCACAGAAACGGGUUGUAGUAAUAUUGAUACCGUGAUAGAAUAUUAAUAUGACAAAUUUAACUCAUUAUUACGCAUACUUUGAACAGGGUGAUGACUACCAAGAAACCCUAUGGCUGCUGACUUUGCUGUCUUUUGAGAUGUUGUUAGUUAUUCUCAAUGUUGGUUCCAUACUGGUCAUUUUAACAUCGCCCAUUUUAAGAUGUACACCGAAAUAUGUGUUAGCCAUUAACCUUAGUAUCGUCUUCCUGGUGCAAGCUCUUCUGUUACUUUCAGUCUGGAUUGCAGCUCGUUUCUACUCCCAGAUCCAAAUAGAUUUUUGUACUCUAUAUUAUUAUCAAUUCCUGGUCGGAAUUCUCUGUGUGGCACUAAUUGGAACAUUCUGUGCUGCCAUGAACAUUGUCUACGUCAUAAGAAUUAAAUCUCCGAAUUCGUUUGAUAGCAACAAACAAUAUUUUGUCCUGGCCAUAUUUAUUAUUUUGGCCUAUUUUGUAAAUGGUGUCACUGUGACACCGAUUUACAACAAAUUUGUUGAUCGUGUCGAAUAUAUAAUGGAUUCUCAAAGCGUCUGCGGCUACAAAAUCUUGAACGCUAGAAGGGAAAUUAUUCUUCUGGUACUGGCUAAUGUGCCACACUACUGUUUUGUAAUUUUGGCGGGAUGUUUGAUUUUGAUUUUAUACUACAGAUACAAAAAUUGCCGUCGCAUUUCAAAACCAUACGACUUAGUCGUAACAAAUAUUGUAGUAUUAAUUUUAUGUUUCAUCCCUGUUUUGAUAAAGUUAUGGUGUUUAAGCCAUCUACGAAUGAAUGCAAUGUGCAAAGAUGAAGGGAUUUGGCAGCGUGUUCAGAGCGUUGCCCCUUUAACUGUUGGUAUUUUGGUACCGUUUAUUUGGUUUCUUAAUCCAGUCUACCGUCAUGCCGUUCGAGAUUUUAUAACCUGCAAAUGUUGCAAAGCCAGUCUAACAAAUUCAUAUGAAUUGGUAUAAGGUAUAAUUAUUAACCUACAGUUUUAAUUUAUGUGCAUUAUAACCAUUGGCUUGUAAAUAAAAAAUUCAUUAUUCA